AUGCAGCUCACUACCAUCUUCACCCUCCUCGCCGGUACCGCGGCUUCCGUCUCCGCCGUUGCCCUGACCCCCAGGGCCACGUCCCGCAACUUCAUCCUACGUGUACAGGACGACCAAGCGGGGCUCCGCGGCCAGGUCCUCAGCGCGAGCAAGAGCAGGUUGUGGGUAUCGCUGCCUGAGGACCAGCAAGACGCGCAGUGCGAAAAGGGCCCAGAGGCGGGGUGGAUCAAGGGGGCGGCCGCUCUAUUCCUGCGUGACAGCGAGCUGUUCCUCUACGGCGGGGGGGAUCAUGCCGUUCAGAAGUUUGGUGUUGAUAGGCAGGCAAAUGACCGAGAUAACCUGAAGUACUUCGACACCACCCACGAUAACCCCAGCGACACUGUGGUGACCAGGGGCUGGUACAUCGACUCGGGGAGGAAUGCCCUGGCCUUUUCUGGUGCGUUGCUUCUGGCCUGCCCGGAGUCCGGUGCGUACACUGUAGGCGUGUUCCAGGGCAAGUCUACGCCGGAAGACAGAGCAAACUGCAUCCCGUUUCAUCCCGAGGUCGUCGAGAACGAUGCCUCGGUGCCCUGCGAGUACAGUGAGGAAUAG